AUAUGUGUGUGUGUGUGUGUGUGUGUGUGUGUGCUUAAUGUAUUAAUUAACACCUUAAACUCACAGGAACCAUCAACAAAUCUAGACUUCACCCUCAUAACUCAUACAUUUCCUAUUAGUGUCAAUUCAGUCACUGAAUAAUAUGCUUGAAGAUGGAUAACCACAUAAUAAGGAAGGAGUUUAGGGGGUAAAGCAAGCACACGUUAAUCACAUUUGGGUUUCUCCAAUUUUUUUUUCAGUCAUUUAUACAUCAUCACAGCUGGCUUCUGUCAGAACCUGCCUCACUCUACAUACAUUCUGUGUGUGUGUCUUUGAAGAAAAUCUGGUGUCAGACAUUUACUGCUCCUCAAUGACCCUCUCUACGUAUCUGGAUUUGAUCUGCUGUUUACACUGACUGUCCUCUCACCACGUCACAACCAUGUCGGACGAGGAACAAAGAGCAAACAGGAGCACAAAUGGGUUCAGACCAGGAGCAGACCUCUGGCUCCCGGGGCUUCUGGGUAACGUCUCGCCCAAUGAUUCUGCAAACUCCAGCGAGGUUGGUGAGGGCAUAAACGUGCCGAUGGAGUCACGUGCCCUCGGGACCGUGCAGAAGAACUGGCUGGCUCUGUUGAUCCUGCUGGCCAUUGUCGUCACGGUGACGGGCAACAUCCUGGUCAUCAUGGCUGUGAGUCUGGAAAGGAAGCUGCAGAAUGCCACAAACUACUUCCUGAUGUCGCUGGCUAUAACGGACAUGCUGCUAGGCCUGCUGGUCAUGCCCAUUGCCAUGGUGACCAUACUUUACAAUUAUACCUGGCCCUUCCCAUCUGCUCUAUGUCCUAUCUGGAUCUACCUGGACGUGCUGUUCUCCACAGCCUCCAUCAUGCACCUGUGUGCCAUCUCUCUGGACCGUUACGUCGCCAUCCGCAAUCCCAUCCAGCACAGCCGCACCAACUCCCGAGCCCGAGCCCGGGUUAAGAUCACAGCUGUGUGGACCAUCUCUGUGGGAAUCUCCAUGCCUGUCCCAGUUCUUGGCCUCCACGAUCGCUCCAAAGUCUUCAAAGAUGGCAGCUGUCAGCUGACAGAUGACAGUUUUGUCCUGAUCGGCUCUUUCGUAGCAUUUUUCAUUCCACUCCUCGUCAUGGUGGUGACGUAUUUCCUGACGAUCAGUGCUCUGCAAAGCCAGGCCACACUAUGUCUGGACCAGCUCAUAGCACGUCCCAAGUGGCUGUCCAUGCUGGAUCUUCUCCCUCGAGGCUCUCUUUCCUCUGAGCGCUUAUUCUCUCGGACCUCGCUUUGCCCUGACACUAUUGUCCCGUCUGCCAGGCCGUUCAUCCGCCGCACUGCACAGUCCAUCAGCAAUGAGCAGAAGGCCUCCAAAGUCCUUGGUGUGGUCUUUUUCCUGUUUGUAGUCAUGUGGUGUCCGUUCUUCAUUACAAACGUCAUGGCGGUGACGUGUGCCUCUUCAGCAUGCAACCCGUCGCUCAUGACCAGCCUGCUUAACGUAUUUGUAUGGGUGGGGUACCUGUCUUCUGCAGUCAACCCACUCAUCUACACACUCUUCAAUAAGACGUACCGCGCAGCAUUCACCCGCUACAUGUGCUGCCGAUAUCGUGAGCCAAGCAGGCCGCUCCAGGUCAUCCUGGUCAACACAAUCCCUCCUUUGGCUUUCCACUCCUCCAAAUUUCCACUUCAGGGAGACGACUCUUUAAGACAUUCGAAAGAGGACAGCGAAUUUGGGACAUCCUCCUACAUGAACCAGGUAGAAUCUCUGAACAAGCAUGGAGGAGAUGAGAUGGUGAGUCAUGUCUGA